CGCUGCAGAGCAGUGCGCUGACGCGAGCAGAGGAAUUGUUUCCUCGUCCUUCGACCGGCGUGGCUGUUUGCCUGUGGGCUAUGCUCUUCUUUUGUCGGGUCUAGUUUGUCUGUUUGCCCUCAUUCUCUCGUGCUUUGUCGUGUGUUUGUCGUUCUCUCACUGUAUCGUCCUGCGUGGUGCAAUUCUUCCAACCUCAAAGUCCGGCCAUCAACCUCUCCCCUCUCCAACCACCACCACCACCACCACCAUGUCCCACCUCCCAACCUCGCUCAACGACCUCGAAACCCUCCUCCGCGCCGCCGGAGACGCCCUCACCCUCAACCGGGUGCUCGUCGGCGCGGGGAUCCUGUUUCUCUACUCGAACGCGAAGGGACUUCCCGGCGUCUGGCACUACCGUCUCUUCAAAGGGCUCAUCACCGAACUCCUCUUCAAACGUAGCCGUCAACCCCUCCCACUGACGGACGCCCACGGCCGCCCCCGCGUGUACAGCUACCUGGUCACCGAGUGCAGCAAUCCGGUCAUCGAAUGCGACUACAACCUGCACAAAUCCAACAGCACCUUCUUUGCGGAUCUGGACAUCAACCGCACGCAGCUCAUGAUGGCGCAGUUCAAGCACGUCUUGGCGGGCAGUUGCAUGCCGCGGUCGACCCCCGGGAGCACCACCCCCGGCCGAAACAAACCGCUGAUGAUGGCCAUGGGCGGCGUCGCGUGUCUCUUCCACCGCGAGAUCAAGCCCUUGCAGCGGUAUGAGAUCUGGUCGCGGGUGCUGGCCUGGGAUGAGAAGUGGGUGUAUGUGGUGAGCUACUUUGUGAAGAAGGGGGCGGUGGCGCGGGAUGGGACCCUGCCGGGCGAGCUGGAUAAGAAAGUGGUGUUGGCCACGGGGUUGGCGCGGUAUGUCUUCAAGGAGGGGCGGGUGACGGUCAAGCCUGAGGGGGUGCUUCAGGAGUGUCGGUUGCUCCCCUCAGGGGGCGAGCAGAAAGAGGUGGUGGGUUGGGGGAGGGAGGAGUUCGAAGCGGAGAACCGCAAGGGGUUGGCCAUUGCCGGGGGGUUUUCAGGGCUGGAGGGUCUGCCUGUGAUGACGAGACUUGGGGAGGUGGGGGUCUUGGGGAGAUAUGCGGACUUUUGA